AUGUCCGAAGCAGUGCAACCUACCCAGAACCCGUCAGAGAACCAGGACGAACGAAAAGCCGCUGACGACAAGAAGGGUGCCAAUACGGACGCGAAACCGGUCUCCGAGUCGCAGCCUCCGACAUCGACUGAGACUACCAAUUCCGGAGGCGAUGAUGAGAGUUCCUCGGAUUCAUCGGGAUCCGAUGAUGAAGACCAUCCUGAAGGAUGGCGCUCGCGCGGCAAGCCCUCGAAGCCAGUGGGGAGCCAGGCCAAACCUGGAGUCAGAAAAUGA